AUGGCCACAAAUUUCGAGUCGGUUUAUCAUCUAUCUCAACUUGCAUAUCCCCUAUUCAAGGCCUCAGACAUUGUCUUUAUUUCAUCUAUGGCUAGUAUCGUGGCAGUUGAUGUUGGAUCUGUUUAUGGGCCAGCAAAAGGAGCAAUGAACCAACUAGCAAAGAAUUUGGCAUGCGAAUGGGCAAAAGAUAAUAUCCGAAAUUCUGUUGCUCCUGGAGUAAUUUGGACUGCUAUAACUGAGGGACUUAAGAACUACAAGGAGUAUAAGGAGGCUUUCGAGUCUCGAAUUGCUCUAGGACGUGUUGGGAAUCCGGAUGAAAUUUCACCUGUAGUCGCAUUUUUAUGUUUACCGGCAGCUUCUUAUAUAACUGGACAAACUAUAACACUUCCGCUUAAUGAGAAGCCCAAGGAAGGAAACCUGGAGGAUUGUGCUUUUACAGAACAAUUCCCUGGAUGAAGAAAGUUCAGUGAAACAAAAGGAGGAACCUGGACUGAUUGUCAAACAAUUCAAGUCAUACACAAAAUUCCUAAGUUGGGUAUCAACAGGAGCAAACUCCAUGCAUUUUGGGAAAUAUGUGGUAUUCUCUACGAAAACGAAGGCAAGGAUCUCAAGACAAGUUCUUUUAUUGCGCUUUCCUAUCUUCGUUUUGCAAUGUUCUUCUAGGCCAAAUUACCAGCUUCAAACUGACAUAUGCUUUAAUUUUGAUAGUUAUAGGAAGAUAUCUUUGCUUUAAAUGUAGUUUUUUGAAAAAUAAAUACUAAUAACUUACAAAUCUCACAGGCUUCCAGGAUGCGAAUAA